AUGCCGAUCGUCGAAAUCCCCCACGCCGCCAACCCUGCGAGGGCUCCUGGAGUCGGCGCCGAGCCCGAUGGCUCCGAUCUUUCUAUCGUCAUGGUUCUCAAAUUGAAACAGCCAAAUGGCCCAAUGGCAGACUCCGCGCCGGUGGCAGACACACCAGCGAUUGUUCGUUGGGUCAUUGAUGAUAUUCGUGCCAGAGGGAACGAGGCCGUGAGAUGUUACUCGAACAAGUUUGACUACUGGAGUCCAGCCAGUUUCAAGCUUUUGCCAGAUGAGAUCCAGCAGAUCAUAUCUACGGUCCCUAGGCAGAUCAUCAACGAUAUCAAACAGAUUCAGGAAAAUGCUCGAGUCUUUACGCUGGCCCAGAAAGUGUCACUAAAGGACUUUGAAUUAGAGAUCCGUCCUGGUGUGCAUUUGGGGCAGAAGAGUAUUCCGAUUAGCUCGGUUGGCGCGUACAUUCCUGGUGGUCGCUAUCUUUUGCUCGCCUCCAGCCACAUGACGAUUCUUACCGCGAAAUGUGCUGGGGUCCCUCAUGUCACGGCAUGCACACCUCCUAUUGCUGGGAAGAUCCCUGUCAAUACAAUUGCCGCCAUGCACUUGGCCGGUGCGGACGAGAUCUACAUCUUGGGUGGCGUCCAAGCUAUUGCUGCCAUGGCUGUGGGUACCGAGACCAUGAAAAAAGUCGAUUUCAUUGCUGGCCCCGGAAAUGCCUUUGUUGCCGAAGCCAAGCGCCAGCUGUUUGGGGAGGAAAUAGGCAUUGAUCUUCCCGCCGGACCAACCGAGAUCUUGAUUGUGGCCGAUGAACAUGCCGAUCCGUUUACUGUGGCCACCGAUCUCUUGUCACAGGCCGAGCAUGGCUUUGAUUCUCCAGCCGUUCUCAUCACCACUUCCCAGACGGUGGGUGAAAAGACGAUCCAAGAGGUGAACCGCCUCUUAAAGAUCCUCCCCACAGCCGACGUGGCAGGCAUAUCCUGGAAUCGCUUGGGCGAAGUAGUCGUGGUGGACAACCUGGAUGAGGCCUAUCAUGUUAGCCAAUGA